GUGAAGAUGGCGGCGCCCAGGAGCUGGCGACGUGCGGCUGAGUGAAGGAAGGGAAGCGUCUCCCGCUCUCUCUGUCUGUGCCGUUCCCCCCGUCCCCGCCGUCGGGUGUGGGGGAACCCCGCCCGCUCAAUAUGAAGAACAAACCCGCCCGGCACCGGAGCGACAACACAUUCCGGUUUCUCACCUUCUCAGAACGAUUGGCGAAUGUGAAUAUCGAUAUAAUCCACCGGAUUGAUAGAACCGGGAGCUAUGCUGAGGAGGUCGAAACCUAUUUUUAUGAAGGGCUGGAGAAAUGGAGAGAUCUGAAUUGCACGGAACACUUUGUUAAAUUUCACAAAGAGGUGUACGGAAGGACCCAAUCUUUUAAUCAGCUGGUAUACCAUCAGAAUGCCGUGGUGGAAAGCUUGAAAAACCAUCUAGAAAUCAAGAACAGCCAGGCCUAUCAGCCUUUGCUUGACCUGGUGGUACAGCUAGCCAGAGAUCUGCAGAGGGAUUUCUAUCCUCACUUCAAAGACUUCUUUGUAAUUAUUACCUCCCUGCUGAACACACAGGACACAGAGCUGUUGGAGUGGGCCUUCACCUGCCUCUCCUAUCUGUACAAGUACCUCUGGAGACUUAUGGUGAAGGACAUAACGGGCAUUUACAGCUUGUACAGUUCACUUUUGGGCCACCGUAAGGAACACAUCAGAUGUUUCGCAGCUGAAAGUUUUGCUUUCUUGGUGCGAAAGGUUCCUGAUCACAAUGCCCUUUUCAACUUCAUGUUUGCUGACUUGGAGCAGCAUCCUAUGAAGGCCGAAGGAGUGGGGCAGCUGCUUUUCAAUGUGUACAAAGGGGUCCAAAAUACCUUCCACUCAUGUGCAGCCAAGGUUUUUCCUGUUGUCAUACAAAAACUGGGGCCUGUCACAGAGACAGAUGCUGUGCUACCAUGGGAUGCGGUUGGGAAAGCAGUUGUUCACACGGCCAAGUCUUGUGCUGCCUAUGUCGACAAGGAGCACUUCGAUGUAAUCUGGAGCUGUUUACACAGAUGUAUCCUGGGCCUGCGUGACAAGUUAAGCAGUGACAACCGACAACAAGGCUCUGAACAAAUCCAGCGUUUACUGCAGAUAUACCUGGUGCUGUUGGAAAGUGGACAGGGGUCAAAGGUUACCCAUCCUGAGGUGGUCUGUGAGACCCUGAUCCAGAUGCUGCAGAAUUCACAGAUGAGCGCACCAUGCUGUAAGACUCUGCUCGAAGUGCUCUCCACCCUCCUCAAGGCUGAAAAUGUUACUCUGCCAAAAGCGCUGAUCGAAGAAGCUUCUAGAAAGGUUUUCAGCAGUGAGUUUGAGAGAGCAUUGAUUCUGGACUUCUCCGAGGUGAUGUUUAACUUGCACCAGUUCGAACAGCUGUUUCUGCCAAGCCUGCUGCUGUAUGUGGAAGAAUGUUUUGCCAUUGAUGAUCAAUCCGCCAGGGAAGAAACUCUGGGACUUUUGGUGAAACUGAUCCUGGCCAAAGCUGAGCCCCCGACUAUUGGAUCGAUGGCAUUUGAAAAGUAUCCUCUUCAUUUCACAGGGCAAGUGCAAGCUUCCCAUUUGAGUGAUGAAAAGGAUUACAACAGCCUGAAGAAUGGAGGACCCGUUACUCUGGUUUUAGAUUUCAUGCUGUCUUUGCUGCACCUACCCGAAGAUGGAGGGGGAUCGGAUCUUGCGUAUAGCUGGGCUGCUCUUGUCAUUCUUCCUCAUAUCAGGCCAGUGAAAACUGAAAAAGUGUUGGUCCCAGUUCAGUCAUUUCUUAAUUGGCUUCUGACUGCCCUGGAAGGAAGUGACUCCAGUAACGAAGGGUGGAUGUACGUUGCCUGUCAAGCGGUCAGCACCCUUCUAAGUCUAACCGAGCCCUCGGACAUUCUCAACUUCCUGCCUGUAGAACGUGUAAGGAAUUUGAUGAAGAACUCUCCGUCUAACCCCUCUGCUCUAUUGCUUGGUGACCUGUACUAUACUCGAUUAGCUUUAUGUGGCUAUAAUGAUCUACUUUCGCAAGACUCCCUGCUUGACCUGUUCAAGGAAUUGCGACCAAACCUUUCAACAGACGUUUCGAAGGUGCGGCUGCUUACACUGAGGAUCGUGAAUCAUUUUGAAGUGCAAUUACAAAAAAGAGUUGAGGAUGAGAGUGAUGGAGAGCUUCAGUCUGUGUUUGCCACCUUACUCCAAGCUGAACUCGUUCCUGCAACUGUUCGUGACUACAGGGAGAAAUUAUUACACCUGAGGAAGCUGAGACAUGAUCUGGUCCAGCCGUGUGUCCCUGAGGGCCUGUAUGAUGAGGUUCCCCUUCAGUAUUUGAUAGGAAUGCUUUAUAUAAACUUCAGUGCGCUGUGGGACCCGGUGAUAGAACUAAUUGUCUCUCAUGCACAUGGAAUGGAAAAUAAAGCAUUCUGGCGUGUUUAUUAUGAACAUUUGGACCAGGCAACUCUCUUUGCAGAGAGAGAAUUAAGAUAUGAAUUGGGAGAGGCCGUGAAGAAAGUGGCCACACCGAGUACUGAGAAUAUUCCGACAGCUAUUAUCAGAAAACUCUACCAGGAUAAACUUCAGUUGGCAACUAAAUCCAGCGAGAGAACGGAUCGCACCAACUUCCGUUUCCUGCUUUGGAAGGCAAUGGGUGCCUUCGCUGAUAGAGUAGAGCCUCGGUCCAGGGAGCUCUCUCCUUUGCUUCUAAGGUUUAUUAACAAUGAAUAUUACCCAGCGGAUUUACUGGUAGCACCGGCUGAGGACAUCAGGAAGAAGCAGCACGCUAAAGAGAAGGCAUCAGCUGCGGAACUGCAGGAUGAGUGCAUUGCUGUUGACUAUGAGAUUGCAGAUCCUGAGAAACUCGGGUUUGCUGUGGGGAAGAGGCCCAGAAGAGCGGCUGUAAAGCAAUUGAUAGCUCACCUGAAAGUUUUCUCGAAGUUUACCAACCCGAGAUCGCUCUACCUGGAACCCAAGCUGAAGGAAUUAUACACACAGUUGCUGGGACAUCAUUACCAGGAUGUACAGAAGAUGGCCUUGGAAUGUCUGUUCACUUACAAACACCCGCACAUGCUGCCUUACAGGGAAAAUCUCCAGCGACUGCUGGAGGACAAAAGCUUCAAAGAAGAACUAAUCCACUUCAGCAUCGCAGAGGAGAUGACCAUCGUGUCAGCCCCACACAGAGCUGAGCUCAUCCCGGUUAUAAUGAGGAUCCUUUAUGGGCGCAUGAGAAGCAAAACUGGGAGCAAAACACAAGGCCGGGCAGCAGCAGGAACCCGCAUGGUCAUCGUUCUAAACUUCCUGGCUGGCUCGUUACCUCAGGAGAUAGACAUCUUUCUGGAUCUUCUCCUUGAGCCAGUGAAGCAUUUAACUGAGGGAUCCUGUCUGUGCGCAGUAUUACAGUCGGUGAAGGCUCUGGAUAUGUCAAAGGUUUUGCCCCUCGGGCGCCAACACAGUCUGCUAAACGGCGUUGAAGUGGUGAUAAAAAAGCUGGGCCAUCUAAUCCAAGACUAUCUGCCCAAACUGCUCCAGAUCGUGCUGUGCAUGACUGCGUCAGUAUCUCAAAUUCUUCAGCUGAGAGACCAGAUCCAGCCGAGGUGCAUAAACCAGCUGAAAUAUCUGAGGCGCCUGGGAAUAAAUCAGAUUGCUGCUUUCUUUUCCGGCUUUGAGUCCUACGCGUUCACAGUGGACGAGGUUGACGCAGUGUUUCAUGCUGUGGUGUGGCCACAGAUCAACAGGCUUGCCUAUGAAGGACAGUACGCUCCGACUUCUCUCCUGAAACUGAUCCAUAUCUGGAGUAAUAAUUCCAGGUACUUCCCACUCCUUGCGAAACAGCUUCCCGAUCAUCCAGAGUCCGACGUUCUGACCAAUGUCUUUGCCUUACUGUCCACCAAGGGCAUCGCAGAACCCGUGGCAGCAGUUGUCAUGGAUAUUGUUGACAGUCUUCUGAGCACGCCUGACUUCACGCCAACAGGGCAGGAGAGCCCCCUGACCGUGAACGACGCAGUCGUUCCAGAGCCGUCCGCCGCUGCAGAAGAUUCUCUGAGCAUGGGGACAUGUCUUAUUCUGCCUCAUAUUUCCGCUAUUCUCCAACACCUCAACAAGGCAGUCGGAAAUACAGAACGGAUGAAGAAGAAAAAAUUCCGAACACAAGUCAGUAAAGAUCUGAGUAUCCUUUCCAGAAUAAGUCGGUUUGUACAGGAUAAGGAGCAGAGCUCAGUUCUGAUCAACCUCUUGAUGCCCUAUCUCUCCAAGCCAAACACAUCACAGGACACUGAGAUUGACAUCCUGCAAACCAUUCAGAACCUCCUGCAGCAAUGCUCAAACCCUUCUACCUUCAUUAAGCCUUUGGCCACCCUCUUCUCUGUCAUCCAGAACAAGCUUUCCCGCCAGACUCUGUGUUCAGUCUUUCAGACCUUGGUAGAUCUGGAUGACAGUCUGGCAUACAUUGCGGAAAUCGUCACUAAGUUAAAUGCCUUUGAUCGGCAACACCUUGACGACAUUGAUUUUGACAUUCGCCUGUCCGCAUUCCAACUCGCGACUAACUCUAUCAAAGAGAUGGGAAAGUUGGAUGUGGCGUACCUGAUUCCAGUCAUGCACAACUGCUUCUAUUCCAUUCAGCUGGGUGAGAUGACUCUAAGUGACAGUGCAACGCUUUGCUUGAGUGCAGUUGUUCAAAGAGUCGCUUCAGCUGACUGCUCAGAAGAGGAAUACAAGGAGGUGGUCACCCGCACGCUGCUGGAGACUUUAAGGAACUGCCUAAAGUCAAAGAUCGAGAGUGUUCAACAAGAAUACACAACACUCCUUUGCUGUUUAAUCCGCACGUUCCCUCAAAGGUUGGAAUUCCAGGACCUGGUACAGCUAACAGACCACGAUCCAGAGAUGGACUUCUUCGAGAAUAUGAAGCACAUACAGAUUCACAGAAGAGCUCGUGCCCUGAAAAAACUAGCGAAGCAGCUUGAUGAGGAGAAAAUUGCUCUGUCCUCUAAGUCUCUGGUGAACUACAUCCUGCCUUAUGCUACUUCAACACUGUUCAAUGAAAACAUGCUGAAGUAUGAGAACAUGACCACGGCAUCUGUGGAACUUGUCGGAGCUUCCUGUAAACAUCUCUCAUGGUCAGCGUAUGUUUAUUACCUCAAACGCUACAUUCACGUUCUGCAGACUGGACAAAUCAACCAGAAACUGGCAGUCAGUUUGUUACUGUCCGUGUUGCAAGCCUUUCACUUUGACCCAGAGAGCCUGCAGAAGGGGCUGGAAGCGGUUCAGACAACUACAGAUGAAAUAGAUACUGUGAAAGGAGAUGAAGAAGAUGUGAAAGGAGAUGAAGAAGAUGUGAAAGGAGAUGAAGAAGAUGUGACUGAAGCCAUGGAAUUUGAAGAUGCUAUUGAAGAAGAGCAAGAAGUACCUGCAGAAGUAUUAAAUGAUGAUAACGCAGUGUGUGACGAAGGGGCAGCAGACAACGAUGUCCCGAUGAAGGAGGUGAAGAAGCCCUUGGCCUCUCAGCCCAAGAAUAAGCAGGAGCUGGAGAAUCUGAUUGAGCAUAUCCAAGUGACUGUCACGGACAGCAUCCUGCCCAAGCUGCAGAAAUGCUUAAUUGCAAAGGUGGAAAGAGAUGAGCAGCACAAGUUGGUGAAAUCAAAAAUUGUUAAUGAUGAGGAGUUGGUGCGUAUUCCUAUAGCGUUUGCGAUGGUUAAACUGAUGCAGACUCUUCCCAAGGAAAUCAUGGAUUCUAAUUUGCCCAGUAUCCUCAUUAAAGUCUGUAUGCUGCUGAGAAACCGAGCGCAGGAGAUCAGAGAUGUUGCUCGCUGUACCCUGACUAAAGUAAUCGAGACUUUGGGCCCAGGAUACCUUCUGUACCUUCUCAAAGAGAUGCAGUCAGUUUUAACCAAGGGCUAUCAGGUUCAUGUUUUGACUUAUACAGUCCACAUGCUGUUAAAGGGUCUCAUGCCAAAACUUAACAGUGGUGAUUUGGACCCUUGUAUGGAUGUUCUCAUUGCGAUUUUUAACCACGAGCUGUUUGGUGAAAUUGCUGAAGAGAAGGAAGUGAAGGGAAUUUUAAGCAAAGUGAUGGAAGCGAGGAGAAGCAAAAGCUAUGAUUCCUACCAGAUUCUGGCUCAGUUUGUGGGAAAGGCCCAAGUUACUAAGCUGAUCCUCCCACUGAAAGAGAUAUUGGAGAACACAACCAUCCUUAAGCAAGCUCGCAAGGUUCAGGAAACAUUUCGACGCAUCGUGUCCGGUCUGUUGCUGAAUAACGAAAUGACGGCUGACUCCAUCCUUCUACUGAGUCAUGGCCUGGUGACAGAGAGCUUACCAUUGAUGGCAAAGAGAACUAAGGGCAAAAACAAGAAGCCUGAUGAAUCGCGCGCUGGGCUGAAGCCCCAGAGCUGCCUCUUACUGCCCCCCACCCCGACCCGUCAAGGCGAGAAAGCUGCCAUCAGCACAAAGACCAACAUGCACAUCCUGGUCGAUGCCGGGUUGAGGUUGCUGCAUAUGAGCUUGAAGAGAUCGAAGGUGAAUUCUUCAGAAGAGCACAUUUUGGAAAUGAUUGACCCGUUUGUGCAAGUGUUGAUAGACUGCCUUCAGUCCAUGCAUGUGAAGGUGAUCACAGCUGCUUUGCAGUGCCUCACCUGGGUAUUGAAGUUCCCACUCAUGUCCACAGAGACUUUGGCUGAUCAGCUGACCCAACAGCUUUUCCUGUUACUGAAGGACUAUGCCAAGGCUGGAGCAGGGAAGGGAGAGAACUUUCACCUGGUCGUGAAUUGUUUCAAGUCGAUUACUAUCCUAGUGAAGAACAUUUCAGGACACAUGAUAACUGAUAAACAGUUGCAGGUCCUAUUGGGAUACGCUGAGGAAGAUAUUUAUGACUCAUCACGUCAGGCAGCAGCAUUUGGACUUUUGAAGGCGAUUCUGUCAAGAAAGCUACUUGUUCCAGAGAUGGACGAUGUGAUGCGGAAAGUGGCCAAGCUUGCUGUGACUGGACAGAGUGAACCAGUUCGAGUGCAGUGUCGUCAGGUUUAUCUGAAAUUCAUUCUGGAUUAUCCCCUGGGUGAUAAGUUGAAGGCUCAUCUUGAAUUCAUUGUGGCACAGCUUUCGUACGAGCAUGAAAUAGGAAGAGAAUCUGCAUUGGAAAUGUUGGCUUAUAUCUUCCCGUCCUUCCCUCAGGAUCUGCUUCAUCAGCACUGUGCCCUUUUCUUCAUCCCUGUGACUCUGAUGAUUGUGAAUGACGAUUCUCCGAGGUGUAAGAAGAUGGCAGCUCUGGCAGCCCGGUCACUCUUGGGGAAAGUUGAUGAGAAACACAAGGACUUGAUGUUUUCUUUGGUCUUGACGUGGUUUGGAAGUGGAAAGAUCUCUCACCGCCGAUUGGCUGCCCACGCCUGUGGGCUUUUCGUUGAAGCUGAAGGAAUUGUCUUUGAGAAACGUAUUGCAACUGUCCUUCCAAUCCUUGAAACGGAGAUUAAUCCCGAAAGAUUCCAAAAUAUCAGUGAGGAAGUGGAGGAGAAGGCUGCAGAUCGUUUGCUGUUCAGCCUCUUGACUCUGGUUGUGAAACUAGCAAAGGAUUGCACCUUCAUCCAGCUGCUCAAACCAGACACCGUUCUCACCGCUAUCUGGGGUCACAUCCAAGCUCACCUGUGGUACCCUCACUCCUGGGUUUGGCUCACCUCAGCCCAGCUGUUCGGCAUGCUGUUCGCCUCUCAUCAGCCCGAAGAACUGGUGGCCAAGUGGAACAGUGGUCAGUCGCUGACCGCAGCGAGGACACCAGCAGCGCGCUUUUUGCUGCAAGAGCUGGACAUAAAGAUUAAAGAGUUGGCUUUAGCCUUUUGCCAUCAGUUGGAGUCAAAGUUCCUGGAUCCAACAUUGGGUGAACAGGUGACAAAGAAUUUGCUGUUCGUGGCCAAAGUCAUCUACCUCCUGGGCCCUGUUGACCAAGGAGAUGUGAAGAAGGAAGAGGAGACGGUGGAAAUUGAUGAAGAAAUUGGAGCCAAAGAGACUGGGGAAGAGAUGGCAGGACCAGAAGCUUCCGAUGGUGCCGGAGAGAAGAAAGCAACCCUGAUGUGGUUGAUCAGGAAACUCUGUAUUCUUGUCAAGAGAGAAGCAGCCCACACCCCAAAAAUUCCUCUGAAGAGGACCUGUGUCUUUAAGUUCCUUGGAGCGAUUGCAGUAAACCUUGGAGUGGAUGGAGUGAAACCUUAUCUCUCAACUAUUAUUGCGCCUCUGUACAGAGAAUUAAACAGUACUUAUGCAGAACAAGACCCGACACUCAGGAAUCUUUCCCAAGAGAUCAUCGAGCUGCUGAAGAGACUGGUUGGGCUGGAAACGUUCUCGAUGGGUUUUGCAGCUGUGCAGAAACAAGCCAGCCAGAAAAGAGCUUUGAGGAAAAGGCAAAAAGCCUUGCAGACGGUUGCGAACCCAGACAUUGCCGCAAGGAAGAAACUGAAGAAGCACAAAAAUAAAGCGGAAGCCAAGAAAAGAAAGAUCGAAGUCCUUCGACCAGGCUACAAGGCGAAAAAGGCCCGAAGCAACACCUUGAAGGACUUGGCCAUGGUGGAAUGAAAUGUAAAAAUAAAUGGACUGUUUUAGAAAAAUGGUUUUGUACGUGAAGAUUUUAUGAUGGAAACUGAAAUAACGCUUCUGAUGCCGAUUUUUGUUGUCUCCCUUUCCCAACAAAGUCUUUGGAAUUUGGCACAGGAGUAAUUCGACAUGAGGUACAGUUUAAUGUACUGUUUAUCUUAAAAAAUCGUCAAUAAAGGGUUCUUUGUG